UUGACUGUCAAACUGAAUUGUUUUUGUUUUGAUUUGUUGAUGCCGCUGCAAAUUUCGAUAAAAUGAAUUCAAAUUCGACACAACUUUGCCGUUUAUGUCUGGAAACUAGUGGCAGUUUAGUAAACAUUUUCGAAACGUAUCAAGACUCAACCGUUGCUUCUGUUCUGGCCAAACAUUUCUGGUUUCAGAUUAAUAAGGAUGACAACAUGCCGGAAUGGGUGUGUGAAAUAUGUUGGAGCCAAACGAAAACCUUUCACCAUUUCUACAAGCGACUGGAGUUGCGCCAUGGGAAUUACUUCAACUCAAUCGUUUUGGUUGAUCAAAAAAAGCAAGAGCGAGGUGUCAGUCCUAUAGAGGGAGCGGUGGAAGCUGUUCUUUUUGUAGAUAACUGCGAAAGAGAAACGGAUGUUACAAUGAAGACUGACGAAACGGAGACACCAUGCAUGGAAAACAGUUGUGAUGAAGAUGACGACGAGAAAAGCGGCGAUCAAAGCGAAGGAGAGCAAACCAUUGACAAUGAUAACGAGCCUUCCCUUGAUAAGCCUAGCAGAUAUUUUCAUAGUUCAUCUGAGAUAGAGAAACAGGACGCAGAGAUUCGCAAAUUUUUUACGAUGAAAUGCGAAAUUUGCAGUGACGUCGAAUUCGACACUUUAAAAAAAGGGAGAAAACAUUACCGCCAAGUUCACCAAACAAAAGGCUAUUUGAUCUGCUGUGGAAAUAAGUAUCGCAAACGCGCCUUAAUACUGGACCAUAUCCAGUAUCAUGGUAAUCCAGACGCACACCGAUGUGACCAGUGUGGUAAAAGUUAUAGAAACAGACAGAUAUUGAGUGCUCACAUGAAAUGUCACGAGCGCUCCCAUGCCUAUAAAUGCAGCUUGUGUCCAAAAACUUACAUAUCUUCAUCGAUGCUGAACUAUCACGUUCGAGAAAAGCAUUCCACGGAUACGAGCGAUAAAUUUCCUUGCGAGCGGUGUGACAUAAUUUUUCCGACAAGGUCCAAACUGAGCAGACACUUGAAAACCGUUCAUGGCCCCCCUAUAAAUAACAUAUGUGAAGCAUGCGGUAGAUCAUUCAAAAGUAAAAGCGAUUUGAAAUAUCACAUAGAAUUGGAACAUUCAACAACACCGCUGACCAAAGCUCAAUGCAACAUUUGCGGUACUUGGGUGAAGCAUCAGCGUUAUCUUCGGCACCAUUUAAAAAUACACCAAGAAAAGCAGGAAGGGAAAGUUUACAAUUGUCCGAUUUGCAAGAAAAAGAUACAGAGCAAAAAAUUGUUGUCCGCACAUGUUCAAAGUUCUCAUAGCGAGAAAAAACAUCAGUGCACAUUUUGCGACAAAGCAUUCAGAAAGGCUUACAUCCUAAAGGAACACAUAGCAGCACUUCACACCGGUGAAGAUUUGUACAGUUGUCCGUACUGCGAUAGAACGUUCAAAUCGAUUGCGAACAUGUACAAUCAUCGGAAGAAGGCCCAUGUAGCAGAAUGUACUAGGUCCAAAGCCGAAAGAGAUCGGCAGGCUAAUGAAACCGAAGCAGUAGCUAAAUUGGUAGAUGAUGAAUAAAAUAAGAAAAGUUGUUUGUUAUGAGUUAGGAGGAUGUGAAUGGUGGCAACAAAUAAAUAACUUAUUGACCGAGAUGGCAUGAAGGUUGUA